AACAAUAUCUUAAUCAGCAAGCUCAACACUCUCGACUCUCGAAUCACUGUCAAUCCGCGCCAGUCUCUUCAUUUCUACCAAGCGAGCUCCAAGUCAAUCGCAGAGCGAAUAGUUUCGGUGCCGCGGUUUCAUCGGGUCUCUCAUCGGUCGUUCACCGGUGGAAUUCUUGUGACGUGUCAGUGUUUCUCCCGUUCUCGAUGUAAACCGAUUUUUACAUUAUAUUUUUUUUACGUGGGUAUAAUUAGCGUUCGUCCGCUUUUUUAAAAUGUCCAACGAAAUACAAUGAAAACAAUACAAUACAGUACAACACAAUGAAAUACAAUUUCUGUACGUGAUUUGAAAGACGGGGCGCGGGCAAUUUUUAAGAGAGAAGACUUUAACGAAUUGUGGUGAUAACGAAAAUUGCCGCUGUGUGUGAUUAUGGAACAUAUUACGUAACUUAGCGGAUCAUAUGCACGUUUUUUCAAAUGUCUCCUUUGAUACCACUAGUAUACUACUAAACUCACACAUGUGAUAAAUAGCAAAAACUUUUCGCUCUUAUUCGAAAAGUUCAUGCACAGUAUUUGUCUUUAUUAUAUCUUCAGUUAAGCCACUUGGUGAGCGAGUGCGACUCAAGGAAGACACGGAUCGUGAGUUAGAUGCGUUUCUCGGCAAUUGCACUUGUGUCGUGGGUGUCUUGUGUUGAGUUGUUCGGAAGUGUCGUGACGAUGGGAGUCGCGCCGAGGUUGUUGGUGGUGGACGUGGACGCGGGGGUUGAUGACGCGUGGGCCCUGCUGGCCCUCCUCCGGGCCCAACGCCUCGGCCUCGUCCGCAUCUUGGCCGUCGUCGCCGCCGAGGGCAACACCGAUAUCAACAACGUCUCCAAAAACACUUGCAGGCUCCUUCAAAUGGCUCAUGCUCACGAUAUCCCAGUAUACCGCGGCGUGAAAAAGAAGGAAGACGACCAAAAGAGCUUCCCGGGAUUUUUUGGCAAGGAUGGGUUCGGGGAUCUCGAAUGGGAUUGGCAACCAGACAUGAGUCAAGUCAAACCAACCAGCGGACCUGAAGCAUUGGCCCGCCUCACGAGAGAGAAUCCAGGAGAAAUUUCCUUAGUUGGUCUUGCGCCCUUGACAAACAUCGCAGAGGCAAUGAAACUGUACCCGGAUAUUGCCUCCAAUCUCAAGGAGAUCCUCAUUAUGGGCGGUAACGACCCUGGCAAAAAUGAAAAAAGUGCAGAGUUUAAUUUCCUAACGGAUCCAACGAGUGCUAACGCAGUUAUUACUCAAGCAAAAGUCCCGAUCACAAUUCUGCCCGUCGAACCAUGCAUCAACAUUGAUUUGGACCUCCCUUGGCGGUGGGGAGCGUUUAAAGACACGGCAAACCCGGUGAUCCAGCUAUUCAACGAGAUCGAACGGAAAUGUUGGACGAACUUACCUGACCAGAAGACCUGGUGGGAGUGCGACCUUUUCCUGGCUUGCGGCAUGAUCAACCCGGCCGUGUUUCGGACCAAUAUCACGACGAACGCUCGCGUCGAAACGACCGGCCCCAGGGUGGGAUUCAUCGUCGCCGACGACGCCCAACCGCACAACGUCACCAUCGUCACCAAGAUCGACAGCGAUAUCCUCAUGCAGGAGGUCCUUCAAUCGGCCGAGAUCAUCCAGCCGGCACCCGCCUCCUCCAGCUCGGAUUCUAUCUCUCUUUCCAGCUUGCUUGGCAGGGGACGAUCAAAUUUUCUUCUUAUUCCUAUUUCUUUAAUCUCAUGGUUCUUCCGUACCUAUCAGUUCUUUUCAUUAAUUGUUUAAAACUUCCUGUACCUUUCAGUAUCGUUAUCUGUCAAUCAAUUCUCUCACGGUUUUUGUUUUUUGGCAAUCUUUUCAUUUUUUCUCUUUGAAAAUUGAACAUUGAGCAUAUGGUGUAUUAUUGUAUAAUUGCCCUUAGAUUUAAGUUUUUUGAAGAUUUGUUUAAAUUCUGAGUGAUGAUUUUAUUUUAGAAAUGGAGGAAACCAAUUUCUAAAUCAUCUCAAUUUACAUUACUUAAUGCAAGACUUAUACAUAUCCUGUGACAAAUAGAUGUAAGAUUCACUCCGCAGAUUGGAUUGUAGUUGAAAUCAUGUUACUAGCUUCUGAUACAAAUUAAACAUUACUCAAAAGAUAUCUCUUGAUAUCUUCUCUUUCCUGACAGUAGGUUAAUUUGUUUGUGCAUUUUGCGAUGAGAAACAUUUUGAGGUUAAUUUUGAACUCACUGUCCACACACUUUGUAAAACCUUGUUUCUGUUAAAAAAACAAAAGAAAAAAAAACUUGAUGAAUUCUAUAAACUAGAAAAUUAGGGAAUGAAAAAGAUCUGUCACAUUGAAAAAAAGAAAGGCCUCAGUUUCCAUGACACUCAUCAUAAAUAAUUUGUUGUUCUGUCAAAAGACAGCCGAAAGUUUUCUUUGAAGUCUUAUCCAAAAACAAGAAAAGACUGCUUCCGCAACAAUGAAGGAUUAAUUUAUACACUCAAAA